AUGGAGCAGCCCAAGAAAGCGGUGGUGGUGACGGGGUUCGGCCCUUUUGGGGAGCACACUGUGAACGCCAGCUGGAUAGCAGUCCAGAGUCGUGGGGCCUGGGGUACUGUCUCCCCUGGACAACAGUUGGCUUAUGGGGACAGAGAGAGUGCUGAGCCGAGUACAGGGUACCUCUGUGACUUCACCUACUACACUUCUCUGUACCAGAGCCAUGGCCGGUCUGCCUUCGUUCACGUGCCACCACUGGGCAAGCCGUACAAUGCGGACCAGCUGGGCCGAGCGCUGCAAGCCAUCAUCGAGGAGAUGCUUGAUGUCCUGGAGCAGUCAGAAGGCAAAAUCAACUGUUGUCACAAACACUGA